AUGAAGUUCAAACCUCCGCAGCUGCCCACCAAUCCCACACCUGAGCAGUGGCGAUGGUGGAAGCGCAUCUUCAUCGACGGGCUAGCCAUCAACGAGGUGGUUGAGAAUACCCACAAACUCACGUUCCUUAGGUCUCACGCCGGCUCGGAACUGUUUCCCUUGCUACAAAACGCGGAGACCUUCGACGCCGCCAUGGAUAUCCUGGACGCGCAGUUCGAGAAACCGACACGGGUCAUAUUUGCGAGGUCAUUCCGCGCUGAAACCUCUGAACAAUCAAACUCCGUUUCGGCUGUCCAGCCUGAACAGGUUGCAGGGGCGAUUGCACAGAAGUACCACCGAAAUAGCCGAAACAAAAGCCAAAAUAACGCGUCACAUUCAAACAACUCAAACUGUGGGUACUGCGGUUUUCGUUUUCACAUACGCAGCAAGUGCCCGGCAAAGCGCGACACGUGCCAUAAGUGCCAGAAGUUGGGGCAUUGGGCCACUGUUUCUCGUCCAAGUACUCCAACUACAGCCGCGUUGCAGGAUGAGGAAUCCGAAGGAUCCCUAGCAUCCGUCCUCUGUGCAUUGUCUCCCUACACGGAGGCGAGACAGACCGUUUAUGAGAAGGUACUGAUUGGUGGCGUUCAUCAAGCACUUGCACUGAUUGACCCUGGAGCAACCGAUUGCCAUAUCAAGUUCAAGCUCGCACGGAAUUUUGAAUUGCCUAUAACCGACGUUGAGUCAUCUACCAAACUAGCAAACGGCGACAAAUUGAAUGUGCUUGGCUUCAUCGACACACAAAUCACAAUAAAGGCAGAAUCUUAUUGUUGUCGCUUACACGUGGUUGAGUCGUUAAUUGCCGAUUUGAUCAUCGGAAUGGACGUUCUUGCUAGCCAUCAAUCGGUUUAUCUUGACCUCGGCGGUCCAAAACCACCUAUCACUUUCCACCUGGGAGGACGUGAUACCGAUAUUACUCCCCCAAUAAGCUUAGAACGAGAUCAGUGUACGAAAGCAUGUUGCAGCAUGUUCCCAAUUAUGACAACCGAGCCUCCAGCACUAUUUCCUGACAAGCUCCUGACCGUUAAGCCAAUUUCUUCCAAAUCUCGACGAGUUUCUGCUGACAACGCGCUAUUCAUGAAAACUGAAGUAAAGAGGCUUCUGGAUCUCGGAAUAAUUGAGCUGUCUGUUUCACCUUGGCAGGCUCAGGCCUUCGUUGUCAAGGGACCAAGCAAUAAGAGAAUGGUAAUUGACUAUUUCGAAACAGUGAAUCUAUACACCGACGUUGACGCAUACCCAUUUCCGGAUGUCGAGUCCAUGCUUACUCUUGCGGCCGCUUUUCACUAUUUCAGCAAAAUAGAUUUGAAAUCCGCAUACCACCAAAUACCGUUGCGAUCAGGUGACAAACCAAUCACAGCCUUUGAGGUUGGGGCCAGAUUCUACCAAUUCACACGCCUUCCAUUCGGUGUUACAAACGCCGUCCCAGCAUUCCAGCGAAUAAUGGAUAGCUUUAUUGAAAGAAACCAAUUGCGCUGCGCAAAACCGUACCUCGACGACCUCUAUAUCGGUGGGAUUACAAAGGAGGAACAUGACCGGAAUCUACACGCGUUCUUGAAAGCCGCGGAAAAGGAAAGCCUGACGCUCAACAUGGACAAAUGUACAUUUGGAACCAGGAAAUUAUCCUUGCUGGGACACAUUAUUGAAAACGGCUCGAAGAAGCCGGAUCCUGAACGCUUACGUGUUCUCAUGGAGUACCCAGUGCCCCACACCGCAGCUCAGCUGAAACGGCUACUCGGCUUCUUUGCUUACUACGCGGAAUGGGUGUCACAAUAUUCACUUAAAGUAAAGCCGCUACUAGAGGCCCAGAAACAGGGUGCCUUUCCUUUGAACCCGAACUGUGUCGAUGCAAUUGACUCGCUCAAGCAGGGCAUUGCGUCUGCAUCUCUGGCUAUACCUAUAGCGGGCGCCGGGCCGCUCCUCCUCGAAACGGACGCAUCUGGGACAGCACUAGGGGCAACAUUAUUACAAGGUGGUCGCCUUUUGGCUUUCUACUCUAGAACCUUGUCUACUUCAGAACAGAUGCAAUCGUCAGUCGAGCGCGAGGCCAUGGCUAUUGUUGAGGCGUUUCGGAAGUGGGGGCAUUUUGUUCGAACAUACGAAACGGUUGUUAAAACGGAUCAAAAAUCGGUUUUGUUCAUAUUCUCCAAACACCGGUCAAAAAUUAAAAAUGACAAACUCAAGAGGUGGAGGUUAGAGCUGUCAGAAUUUGCGUACACCAUCAUGUAUCGGAAAGGCAGCGAGAAUGUGAGCGCGGACGCUCUAUCCAGACUCUCCGCUAUCUCGAAAGAAUCCCCAUGUGUUACGUUACAUUGCCAAUUGCAGCAUCCGGGCGUCGUCCGUAUGUGGGAGUUCGUGAGACGUCAUAAUCUAGCUUUCUCUCUUUUAGAAGUAAAGGAGGCUAUACAGGACUGUGAUACGUGCAAAGAAGUCAAACCGGCAUUCUACAAACCUGGUGCAUCGUCAAUAAUUCGAGCUUUACAACCCUUUGAGAGACUGGCCAUAGAUAUUGUCGGUCCAAAAUUCGCCGCCCGAAAGACCGAAGCACUUGCUGCUGUGCGUGCACUCCUCUGUACUGCCACAAAUGAAUCGCCCCAUUCCAGGUUUUUCAAGUUCCCGCGGCGAGCCGGUCUUGGCUGCUCUCUUCCAGAGUGCCUGAGCAGCGGCAACCCUGCAUAUCUGAGAAAUUUUGUGCGCGGAAAGGAGGCCCUGCAGGCACGACCCGUCAGCAUCUCGGAGGUCAUUAAUCCUCAUUUCGCACGAGUGGUAUUCCCAAAUGGACGUAUUGACACUGUCUCGACGAAAGAUUUGUCACGGCGCAAUAUUCCAGCCCAAACGGACGCUACAGAACCCAGGAGCCCGCAUCUGUCCCCAGUGAAGAAUUUACCGAAUGCCAUGGAACAUUUUCCAACGAUCACCCUCGAGGAAACCAGCAGUAUCCCAGUGACGACCGAGCAGGGUGCUGAAGAAGAGGACAGUUCACCAGUAACCACUCCCAAAUCAACGCCAGUAUCACCAUUUGCCGGACCGGAGGUCCGCAGAUCAACGCGCCCGCGACGACCGCCGGCACACCUGAAGGAUUACAUCCAAUAA